UAUUGUCAUUAUGUCAUUUGGAUUUUGAUUGAAUGAAAUAUAACCUAUAACACCUUGACUAAAUAAAUUAAUAAUUGUCAUUUUAUAGAAAGUGAUUGUUUAGUGUACUUUAAUAAAUACUUUUUAAAUUGUAUUGUAAUGAGUCAGAGAUAAAGUUAAUUGUUAAACUUUAAUAGAGAAUUACAGAGACCGAGUUAAAAUGGCCACUGCUUACGGAAUACAUCUGGGCAACAACUCCGCAUGUUUAGCGUCUUUUACAAAUGGUACAGCUUCAGUAAUAGCAAAUGAUGCUGGCGACAGGGUGACACCAGCUGUAGUAGCACUUAAUGGCUCUGAAUGGGAGAUAGGGCUAACUGCUAAAUCAGGUCAAGCAUUAUCAAAAGCCAUUGUAAAACAUAAUAAAAGACUUAUGAAUUGUGAUUGGAAUGAAGAGGAUUUAACAUAUGUCGAAACCUCUUCAACUUGCCGUAUUCAAAAUGAAGAUAAGUUAACUUAUGAGUUUGAGUCUGGUGAAACAACACAAUAUUCAAACCCUGAUAAUAUAGCAACUAAGAUUUAUGCUAAAUUGUUUACUAUAGCUAGUCACUCAGUUAAAAAUGAAGGCGACCUAAAAUUGGUGCUAGCUGCCCCUUUGCAUUGGUCUAAUGAAAGUAGGGAGAGGUUAGUGAAAUGUGCCGAAUUAGCAGGAUUUGAUGUUCUACAAGUUAUAAGUGAACCAGCUGCAGCAUUAUUAGCAUACAAUGUUGAGGAUACUUCAGAAGAGAUAAAUGUUUUAGUUUAUAGACUUGGAGGGUCUUCAUGUGAUGUAUCUAUAGUAAAUGUUGCUGGAGGAUUUAUUACGAUUGAAAAAAAUAUCUUUCGUUCUGAUUUAGGAGGCCAGUGUUUGACAAAAGAUUUAGCCAACUAUAUAGCCCAGGAAGUGAAACAAAAAUGGAAAUUAGAUCCACAAGAGAGUCGUAGAGCUAUGUCUAAGCUGAUGCAUCAUGCUGAUAAUUGCAAACAUGUCCUUUCCACCUUGAAUUCAGCACAUGUUUUCAUAGAAUCAUUAUUAGAUGGUGUAGACUGGAGUCAGAAUGUGUCUCGGGCUAGAUUUGAAAACAUAAUUUCUUCAAAAUUGUCUGCAUAUGUUGAGCCUGCUCAAAAACUUAUUGAAAGUUUUAAUGGGAAGAUUCACAAAAUAGUUUUAUCUGGUGGCAGUAUGAAGAUCCCAAAAUUACAGUCUGCAAUUGCAAAUUUAAUACCAGACGCAGAAGUUCUCACUGGAAUAAAUCCUGAUGAAGUGAUAGCUAUGGGUUGUGCUCGACAAGCAGGAAUGCUUAUAGAUGUGCCUGAAUUUAAUAUGCAUGACUUAAACACAGAAGUGGAAUUUCUUGGAAAAGAUAUAUACCUUAAAUAUUUAGAUCAAACUACACAAAUCUUUAAAGAAGGUGCUGCACCAUUUGCUCAACAUGUUUCUAAUGUUGAUGCUGGAGAGGAUGUCAAAAAUGUAAGUUUUAGUUUACACGAGGACCCUAAUGGCGAACAGUUUGCUGCCGAGACAUUUAAUGUGGAAAGUUUGAAUAAACCUUUCACUUUAAAGGCUACAUUACAGCAUUCAAAAGUAGUCUUACAAGUUGAAUAGAGAAGAGCCAUCAAAAUAAAAUAAACAUUAAUAAUAAUGUGUAUUCUUAUGCCUAACUAACAUUUGUAAACAAUAUAUGGAAUAUAUAUUAUAUAUAUAA